AUGCACUCACACAACACCAACGGAAGCCAGCUACAGGAGAUUCAGAGUUUCCAGUCUCUGUGUGCCUCCACUACAUCCGACAAGUCAUCUACGUGCUCAGUGCAUACAGAUGUGCUUUUUGAGAGAGUGAGUGACGGCCUCACUCUGCUCCAAGACAAACUGCAGGAUGUGCUCCACCAGGGACUACAGGACAUUGUGAAAACUGAUUCCUGUCAGCUGACUUUGGACCCCAACACGGCUUAUUAUAUGCUGAGACUCUCUGAGGGAAACAGGGUUGUAGAAUUUGUUACAGUGAAUCCCUGUUAUCCUGACCAUCCAGACAGAUUUAGUAAUGUAUCACAGGUGAUGUGUUCAGAGGCUACGUCUACCAGAUGCUACUGGGAGGUUGAGUGGUCUGGAUAUGUGUAUAUAGCUGUUUCAUACAAGGGGCUGAAGAGGAAAGGAGGUGAUUAUGAUGCAAAGGUUGGGUACAAUACAAACUCCUGGGCACUGUUCUGCCAUUCAUCUGUGUUCCGCUUCUACCAUAAUAAUAAAAUUACAUAUCUCCCUCAUGCUCAGAUCUCCUCUAGAAUAGGAGUGUAUGUGGAUCACAGGGCAGGAACUCUGAGCUUCUACAGUGUCAAUGCUAACACAGUGACUCUGGUGCACAAAGUCGAGACCACAUUCACUGAGCCACUGUAUCCUGCCUUUCGGCUCUUUGAUUAUGGCAACCAAAUCAAAUUGUGUCAGUAAGGACAGACAGAAUAGCAAGUCUACAGUAGGCCUAUACAUAAUGUUUCAGCAUCUGCUUUUAUGAAACUGUUCAGCCAUUGUACACUACUGUA